UGCAGCUUCUUCUCUCCCUCUCCCUCUCGGCCUUGGAGUGAAGUGCCGGAACGCGAAACCCACUCCAACAACACCCGCACGUAUUCAAUAUGAUGCCCCGCACUCCGGAGAAAGCCCUAGAAAAUCAUUCCGCAUUCAUUCACAAACCAUGCUAAUAUAGAAACUUUCAUUUACGAACCUUGCUAAUAUAGAAAUUGUAGAAAUUGGGCCGGAUGUUCUGGGCAAGUCCGGCCGAUCGAGCCUUAAACUUUCUAUAUUUGUUGAGUUCAACCGGUCGGCGAUUAGUUUGUUGCAGGUUGGCCGAGAAGAAGGAAAAGGAAUCUGCGUUUCUUGCGUCAGAAUCUUUGAAAUACUGUACUUUUUGCGAUAGAUUUGGUUGAUAUUUUAUAGGGAAACUCAGCACUUGUCUUUGGACAAAGAAAAGAGAAUGAUAUGGUGAAACUAAGAAACCGUGAAAUUAUCGAUGUAAAGGUGGAGCCGAACCAUCGCAGCCUGUUUUGUCUCGUGAUUUAGCUGAGAUUUCACUGAAGCUUGCUAAUGGACGCUCAUAGGCUAGAAUCCCGUGGGAAUACCUCUGGUGAGGCACAGUAUGGUCCUGAAGGAGGCGUAUCUGAGCCAACGCAUUUGAAGCAUCUGAAUGGGCAGGUUUGCCAGAUCUGUGGUGAUGAUGUUGGCUUGAACUUAGAUGGUGAUGUCUUUGUUGCCUGCAAUAUUUGCUCAUUCCCUGUGUGUAGGCCUUGCUACGAAUAUGAGAGGAAGGAUGGGAAUCAAUCCUGUCCUCAAUGCAAGACCAUAUACAAAAGGCAUAAAGGAAGUGCUCGUGUUCGAAGUGAUGAAGGUGAGGAUGAUGACACUGAUGAGGUAGCCAGUGACUUUAACUAUUCAUCUGGUAAUCACAAUCGGAAGCAGAAGAUAGCAGAGGCAAUGAUGAGUUGGCAACUGACUUAUGGACGACCUGGGGAUGGACGGGCACCUGCUUAUGACAGAAGGGAGGUUUCACCAAAUCAGACCCCUUUACUUAAUCAUGGCCAUGUGCUCUCUGGUGAGAUACCUGCAGCAUCACCAGAUCAUCAUACCAUGCCUUCUCCUUCAGUUGGUGGUAGUGCAAAGCGUGUCCAUCCGUUGCCUUAUGAACUCCAGUCAGGAAGCAUUAGAGCUGUUGAUCCAACGAGAGAAUUUGGUUCACAGUCCUUUGGAAAUGUUGCAUGGAAAGAGAGGGUUGACAGCUGGAAAUUGAAGCAGAAAAAAAAUGUUAUUCAUGUGAUGGGUGGAACUACUGCUGCUUCUGAAGGAAAAGGAGGAGAUGUUGAUUCUUGUACUGAUGUGAACAUGGAUGACCCCCUAUUGAAUGAUGAAGCCCGUCAGCCACUUUCAAGAAAGGUUCCUAUUCCUUCAUCGCGAAUAAACCCAUAUAGAAUGGUUAUUGCUCUUCGGCUUGUUAUCCUUGCUUUUUUCUUGCAUUACCGAAUCACAAAUCCUGUGAGAAAUGCCUAUGCAUUGUGGCUGAUCUCUGUGGUAUGUGAGAUAUGGUUUGCCAUAUCCUGGAUAUUGGACCAAUUUCCAAAAUGGUUCCCGGUAAACCGUGAGACUUAUCUGGACCGCCUCGCACUUAGGUAUGACAGAGAAGGAGAACCUUCUCAGUUGGCUGCGGUUGACAUUUUUGUCAGUACAGUUGACCCAUUAAAGGAGCCUCCACUUGUCACAGCCAACACUGUUCUCUCAAUUCUUGCAGUUGACUAUCCUGUGGACAAGGUCUCAUGCUAUGUGUCCGAUGAUGGAGCUGCCAUGUUGACAUUUGAAGCUCUUUCAGAAACCUCUGAAUUUGCUAGGAAAUGGGUUCCUUUUUGCAAGAAGUACAAUAUUGAGCCUCGUGCCCCAGAGUGGUACUUUGCCCAGAAAAUAGACUACCUGAAGGACAAAGUUCAAACUUCAUUUGUGAAGGAUCGCAGGGCCAUGAAGAGGGAAUAUGAGGAGUUCAAAGUUCGUGUCAAUGGUUUGGUGGCCAAAGCACAGAAGAUUCCUGAUGAAGGAUGGAUCAUGCAAGAUGGCACUCCAUGGCCUGGAAAUAACACCAGAGAUCAUCCAGGAAUGAUUCAGGUUUUCUUGGGCCAAAGUGGAGGGCUUGACAGUGAAGGAAAUGAACUUCCACGACUUGUCUAUGUGUCUCGUGAGAAGCGUCCAGGCUUCCAGCACCACAAGAAGGCUGGUGCUAUGAAUGCCCUUGUCCGAGUGUCAGCUGUUCUGACCAAUGGUUCCUAUCUUUUGAAUCUUGAUUGUGAUCACUACAUCAACAACAGCAAGGCCUUGCGUGAAGCUAUGUGUUUUUUGAUGGAUCCAAACCUUGGGAAAUCAGUUUGCUAUGUACAAUUCCCACAGAGAUUUGAUGGUAUUGAUAAGAAUGAUAGAUAUGCAAAUCGCAACACAGUGUUUUUUGACAUCAACUUGAGAGGUCUGGAUGGUAUUCAAGGUCCUGUUUAUGUUGGCACUGGGUGUGUGUUCAACAGAACAGCUUUGUAUGGGUAUGAGCCCUCUCUAAAGAAAAAGCACAAACCUGAAAGUUUUCUGUCAAAAUUGUGUGGUGGAUCAAGGAAGAAGGGGUCAAAAUCAAGUAAAAGCCAUCUUGACAAAAAGAAAUCAAAUAGGCACGCUGAUUCGACAGUGCCUAUCUGCAAUCUUGAAGACAUAGAAGAGGGGGUUGAAGGUGCUGGAUUUGAUGACGAGAAGUCACUGCUGAUGUCCCAGAUGAGCUUGGAGAAAAGGUUUGGUCAGUCGGCUGUCUUUGUUGCCUCUACCUUAAUGGAGAAUGGAGGUGUGCCACAGUCUGCAACUCCCGAGUCCCUCCUUAAGGAAGCUAUUCAUGUCAUAAGCUGUGGCUAUGAGGACAAGACAGAAUGGGGAACUGAGAUUGGCUGGAUCUAUGGGUCGGUCACUGAGGAUAUCCUUACCGGAUUCAAGAUGCAUGCUCGUGGUUGGAAAUCAAUCUACUGCAUGCCUGAUCGCCCUGCUUUCAAAGGUUCUGCACCCAUCAACCUUUCAGAUCGUCUGAACCAAGUUCUGCGUUGGGCUUUGGGUUCAGUUGAAAUUCUGUUCAGUCGUCACUGCCCUAUAUGGUAUGGAUAUGAAGGGAGACUAAAAUGGCUCGAGCGAUUUGCAUAUAUUAACACUACAAUCUAUCCUAUUACCUCCAUUCCUCUUCUUGCUUAUUGUACAUUACCAGCAGUGUGUCUCCUCACAGGAAAGUUCAUUAUUCCGCAGAUCAGCAACUUUGCGAGUAUUUGGUUCAUUGCCCUCUUCCUUUCUAUUUUUGCCACUGGAAUUUUGGAGAUGCGGUGGAGUGGUGUAGGAAUUGAUGAAUGGUGGAGAAAUGAGCAGUUUUGGGUUAUUGGAGGUGUGUCAGCCCAUUUGUUUGCUGUAUUCCAAGGUUUGCUAAAAGUCCUUGCUGGAAUAGACACCAACUUCACUGUCACUUCAAAAGCUUCGGAUGAUGAGGGUGAUUUUGCAGAGCUUUACAUGUUCAAAUGGACAACCCUGCUGAUUCCUCCGACCACCCUCCUCAUAAUCAAUCUGGUUGGUGUUGUUGCUGGCAUAUCUUAUGCAAUAAACAGCGGGUACCAGUUAUGGGGUCCACUUUUUGGGAAACUUUUCUUUGCAUUCUGGGUAAUUGUUCACCUAUAUCCCUUCCUAAAAGGUUUAAUGGGUCGUCAGAAUAGAACUCCCACCAUUGUUGUUGUUUGGUCUGUCCUUCUUGCUUCUAUUUUCUCCCUGUUGUGGGUCCGCAUUGAUCCAUUCACGACCAGGGUAACUGGACCAAGCACGCAGCAGUGUGGAAUCAACUGUUGAGGGAUGGUCUCUAGACUGGUUAUUUGAAGGGCGCUAUGACGGUUUCAGCCAUUCUCGUCUAGAUGGUGGUUCUGCUUUCCAAUGCCAAACGUAAGUACUUUAAGCAGUGAACAUUUUGUUCUGGGGUCUGUCUCUAGUUCAACUGUAGUUGUCCAUAAAUGUAUAAACGUUUUUAUAUUCUUAAUAAGUCUAGUUUCUCGGGGCUCCACCUGUUUAUAUGUUACUGUUGGACCCAUGAGAUCCCAUGUCAAUUAAACAUUGGGAAUGGACCAUGGUCUGUACUCUCUUGUUCAAAGGGCUGUUUCAAAUGGAAUAUAAGAUGAGAAAACUUAGAGAUGA